AUGUGGGCUCUACUUGGUAUUCUGGUCGGAUUGUCUAACAGCACAACCACAACUACAACUACUUUGGAUCUGUCAGAUAUUAGCUGCCGGAUCGCCACAACGGAAUCCGCUCAAACCACCUACAUAUAUCGCUGUUUUAGCUGCCCCGCAGCUAAUUCGGUUACUUACCAGACUUUGGAACAGAAGCUGUAUCGUUGUGUGGCUUCGCAGUUGCCCAGCUGUAUGCGCAGCAUAGAAGCUCACGAGAUCGAGCCAAUUCGUCAGACAAGUAGCAUGAGUAUUUUUCACAUACCCGCCGGUGACGCUGGACAGCCUUUGGUGCGCCGAAUCUUGGACAUGCUGAAUCCUCAACAGACGCGGCGACAUUUCCAUAAAUAUCUGUUCGUGUGGCCAGAAGCUAGUGAGCAACAGCUAAGGCAACUGUUUGAGGAAUGUUGGCGAAAGCAAUUGCUCUUCGCUUUGGCAAUAACCCAACCGGAGAAUAUUUACGAUUUCCAGCCUUUUGGUGACGAAGGACUGCAACUGAAAAAGGUAUCCAGUGAUGUCAACUACUACAUUGACAAGUUGAGGAAUUUGCAUGGCCAUGAGCUCCGGUUUUCUAUGUUCACUCAUCCGCUGCGGGCCCAGCCGCUUACGCCUGUGGAGAGCGCAGGCUUUGAAGCUAUUGAUGGGUCCGUUGCGCGACUUUUGGCCAAAAAACUAAAUGCCACAGCUCGCUAUGUGGUGCCGCGAGAUGGUGAAGCCUAUGGACGUUGCCUGGACAAUGGCAGUUUCACGGGCGUCGUGCAGGACUUGGUAAAUGGCGAAACGCAUAUUGCACUCAAUAUACGCUUUGUUUUGGAAUGCAUGAUGCCGUUCCUAGAAUCGCUAUAUCCAUACACUCGAACCAUUCUCUGCUUAGUGGUUCCGGCGGCAGGACUGCAGCCGGAAUAUCGUAUCUUUGUGACCGCUUUUCGGAAUUCCGUUUGGCACCUGCUACUGGCCAAUUUCUUGAUUGCCUUUGUGCUUUUCGUCCUGUUACAGUUGGUGCUAUGUCGCAUUGUCGGAGAUGCAAGUUCCCACUGGUACGAUGUUUUUGAAAUGCUCUUCAAGACGCAUUUGGGCCAACCCGUCGAUCGUUUCUCGCCAAUUAGCUCGCUACGCGCAUUUCUCAUUGGAUGGAUUCUAUUCAGCUAUGUGUUGACUUCUUUAUACUUUGCCAAGCUGGAGAGCAGCUUUGUCCGGCCAAGCUAUCAGCCAGAGAUAGAUAUGCUCGAUGAGUUCUCACCAGUUGGUCUGCGUGUACACGGAAUAGAUACCAUGUUUGAGGCUGUCAACUUAUCACUUUCGGAGCGACAUUAUCGUCUGCUUACAGCCAAUCACCGAGUGCAUCCUCUUCAGGAGAGUGAACAGUUCUUUGAGCUGUUAAUCAGCCGUCGUUAUAAAAAAGAUGUCUUUAUUAUGCGUGCUGAUAAAGCUAAAGAAUUCCUUGCACUCACCUUCAAUGCAGAGGCGGAACGUCCCGCCUACCACAUUGUCAAGCAAUAUCUGAGAUCUAUGCCGAGCACCUAUGUCCUGCCGCUGGGCUCACCAUUUCUAUACAAGUUUCAGCAAAUAUUAAGUAAUUUAUAUGAGCACGGUUUUUUCGAGUACUGGUUGCGCAUGGAUGAUGUGCACCGGAGUCGUACCUCUCAAUCCGAUGAGUUUUUUGAGGAUCUUGGCGAGCAGACCGAACUAGAAGCAGAUGAGGAUGCUGCAGAUCCCGAAGAGUGGCGCCAAAAACGAGUCGUUCUCACUUUGGACAUUCUACAGGGCGCAUUUUAUUUGUGGACCAUUGGCAUUAUUGUGAGCAUAGUUGGCUUUCUACUGGAGCAGGGCUAUUUCCACUGGCACCGCUUGCACCUUAGUUAAUUGUAACUUCGAAUCAUAACAAUUAAAUCAUUAAAAAUAAUUUAGCUGCUAGCAUUACAUUGAUAUAUGU